AUGUCGCACCUCCAACAGCAACUCAAGAGCUUCAACGCAGGAGUUGUCGACUAUGCAAAGAGCAUGCCGGCACAGCGCCGCUUCGUGCACAACACCUCAGCAGGCAGUUCGCAGAUACCCUCGUCAAACCCCACGCCCACGCCCAACAACGCCGUCAGCGCCGAACAGAAGAAGAAGCGCCACGAUGCGGACAUCGUCUACUCGCAGCCGGCCAACACGGGCACGGGCAAGGAUAUCAUGACCCAGGUGGUUUUUGCGGUCGAGCACAUGAAGAGCAAGGGCGUGCCGCUGACGUUCUCGGAUAUCGUCUCGUACCUCUCACUACAGCAUCGCGCAAGCGACCAGGGCUAUGUGCAGGCGCUGCGCAGCAUCCUGCAGGUGCACGAGAAGGUGGAGUAUGAUCCGAAGGGAGCGAACGGUGAGGGGACAUUUAGUUUUCGGCCGCCGCACAAUAUCCGCACUGCGGAGCAGCUGCUGCAGAAACUGCAGGCUCAGUCCACGGGGAUCGGGAUGAGCGUUCGGGAACUCCGUGAGGGGUGGCCGAAUGUCGAGGACGCGAUCAAUAAGCUGGAGAAGGAGGGGAAGUUGCUUGUUACGCGGAACAAAAAGGACGAUCAUGCGAAGAUGGUUUGGGCGAACGAUCCUUCGCUGAUCGAGCACUUUGACGACGAGUUCAAGCAAAUCUGGGAGAAGAUCAAAAUUCCCGAGCAGCAGGUUGUCAAGGAGGAGCUUGAGAAAGCGGGCAUCCUCCCCACCAACAAGAACAAGGUCGUCAAGGCGCGUCCGAAAAUUGAGCACAAGAAGGUGAAGAAGCCUCGCCGCAGCGGCAAGACAACCAACACGCAUAUGAUGGGGGUUCUGCGCGAUUAUUCGCACCUCAAGCGGUGA